UUCUCUCUCUCUCUCUCUUCUCCUCCUCCGGUUUCUCCGUGCUUAUGAACUUUACCAAAGAAGAGAGGGAGAGAGAAAAAGACUCGUCUCGGAUGAUCUCUUCUUAGCUCGGCGAAUAGCUUUCCUUUUUAGGUUUUGAAGAUCUUUUUGUUUGGUUGGUUCUUAGAGUAAUGUGGGUUUGAUUACUUUCUUAGCUCCAUGGAUUCUUCUCUCGAUGGAGGAGCUGCAGGUGACUCAUCGAAAUGCAGUGAAAUGAGUGUUGAAGAGAAGAGGCGGCUUGUUUACGAGCUGUCAAAGCAAUCACAUCUAGCUCCUGAAGUGUUGCAGGCAUGGAGCCGCCAAGAGAUUUUACAGAUCUUAUGCGCUGAGAUGGGGAAAGAGAGAAAAUACACUGGCUUGACCAAAGUCAAGAUUAUUGAGGCUCUUAUGAAAAUUGUAUCCGAGAAAAGCUCUGGAGAGUGUGAUGGGAAGAAGAAGAGAGAUUCUGAGUCUUCCCCUGUUCAGAGAAACUCAAAGAGACCAAGGAAGGUUGAUAACCCUACUCGUUAUGUGGUUCCAACGACCAACAAUGCCUCAGGUAGCCCCAACUCUGUUACUACUAAAGGUGAGGAAGACAAGACUACUUUCUGCAACAACUUGGCUUGCAGAGCUAUAAUGAGACAAGAAGACACGUUUUGCAGGAGGUGUUCUUGUUGCAUUUGUAGAAAGUAUGAUGAAAACAAAGAUCCUAGUCUUUGGUUAACAUGUAGUUCAGAUCCUCCGUUUGAAGGUGAUUCUUGCGGAUUCUCGUGUCAUCUUGAAUGUGCUUUCAAGAGUGAAAAGUCUGGUCUUGCAAAGGAAAGUGAGGAGUGCUGCUUUUACUGCGUCUCUUGCGGUAAACAGAACAGCUUGCUUGAAUGUUGGAAGAAGCAGCUGACGAUUGCUAAAGAAGCCAGGAGGGUAGACAUACUCUGCUACCGUCUUUUACUAGUCCAGAAGCUUAUCAAUGGAUCGAGUAAAUAUCGAAAUCUAAAACAAGUUGUGGAGAAAGCUGUGAAGAUUCUUGAAGCUGAUGUGGGUCCUCUCACUAUGAAAAUGGGUAGAGGAAUUGUAAACAGAUUAAACUCAGGACCUGAUGUGCAGAAACUUUGCUCUUCUGCUCUUGAAUCUCUUGAAGUUUCUGCAUCGCCUUCACCACGGAGCUCCAAGAUGCAGCAUGAUUGUUUGAGCAAUGAGAUGUCUGCAGAUACAGCAACCACAGUACCACCAACCAAGAUCAGAUUUGAGGAUGUUAAUGCAACUUCACUCACAGUGAUUCUCGCCUCUAAUGAAGUCACCUCACCUGCAAACAUCGUUCAUUACAGUAUUUGGCAUCGUAAGGUCACUGAGAAAGAGUACCAAGAGAAGUCUACUUGCACAUUGUUUACUCCAAACGCAAGAUUUGUCGUCUCUGGAUUAGCUCCAGCUUCUGAGUAUUGCUUCAAGGUUGUCUCCUUUAGCGGAACACGAGAACUUGAAGUCGAUGUGAUCAAUGUAAUGACUCGUAGCCUUGAAGAAAGAAGCGAAAGCCCUCUCACAAACUGUAGUACAUUGUCUUCUAACCCUUCUUCUGUUGAAGCUGAGUCCAACAACGGCUACAUUGCUCCUCAGAACCUCUCUCAGAACGACAAGAAAGACUCUCCCUCGCCUAGGGAAGCAGACAUUGUGCAGAUUGAGAAGAACGUUGAAGGGGUUGUGUUGUUGGAUGAAGGGGAGGAAGAAGCUGUUCAGGACAAGAACAUCGCGGUUACUAAGACAAAUCUUGUUAGUAAUGGAAACAGUUCUCCAGUUACUCCCUUCAAGUCAGACCAAACCAAGAACCGUCAAGCUAGAAACAAGAAACCGGUUAAAGAUAACGGUAAUAACGGAGAUCAUCACUCGGCAAACGGAGGAGCAGAGAUUGGAUUAGAGCAUUGUGUGAAGAUCAUAAGACAGCUUGAGUGUUCAGGACACAUCGAGAAAGAGUUUAGACAGAAGUUUCUGACUUGGUAUAGCUUAAGAGCUACGCCACAAGAGAGCAGAGUUGUGAAGAUAUUCAUGGAUACGUUUACUGAUGAUCCCGUAGCUUUAGCUGAGCAGCUGGUUCAUACUUUCAGUGACCGCAUUACGAUGAAGCGUUCUGCGAUUGGCGUUGGUGUUUCUGCGGUUGUUCAGUCUGGAUUCUGCAUGAAAUUGUGGCAUUAAAGAUGACUUUAUCGGUUUUUAUUUAAAGGUCUUUAGCUUAUUUCUGUUUUUUUUUUUCUUUUUCAAAAUCGUUAUUAAACUUUAUUUAUCAUUAUUGGGAAACUUGCAUUAUUGGAAUAUUUCCAUGUUAGCAGAAGUAUAUUAGCAAUUGUGAACUUCCAUGUUAAAAGAGAUCUAUGCUUCUACUACGUUUGCU